AUGUCUCUCUUCCCACGCUUCACCCAGGAAUUCGCCCCCAUCUUCCGUCUCUUCGACGAAUACGACCGCCAGGCCUUCCGCAACCUAGACCGGGAAUUCCAAUCCGCGCGCUCCUUCACCCCGAAAUUCGACGUCAAGGAAACAAAGGACGCGUACGAACUGCACGGCGAGCUACCCGGCAUCGAGCAAAAGGACAUCAACAUUGAAUGGACGGACAACAACACAAUCACCAUCUCCGGCCGCCACGAGUACACGCGUGAAGAGGGCCAGCGGCCCCAGGGCUUCAUCGAGGGCGGCGAGGGCGAACAGAAGAAACUCCAGGCCAAGGUGGAAGAUGAAUCGGCCGACAAGAACAAGGUGGCUACCCAGUCUGGCCAGAAGGAUGUAGCCAAGCGCAAUGAGAAUCAGGCGCGCUACUGGGUUAGCGAGCGCUCGGUUGGAGAGUUCCACCGCAGCUUUGCUUUCCCUGCUCGUGUGGAUCAGGAUGCUGUCAAGGCUAGCUUGAAGAAUGGUAUUUUGAGCAUCGUGGUGCCCAAGUCGGCGGCGCCGCAGUCGAAGAAGGUUAACAUCUCGUGA